UUUGUUUUUCUAUUUAUUCAAUUUACAAUUUCAAUUAUUUUUACACAUACUUUUGUACACGAAAAACGCUCUCAAUCAACAAUAUAUGUACAACAAUAUCAUGUAUAUGCUAAAAUACGCUACAUACCUACACACAUACGAGAUACGUUUUUAUGCAGAAGAAGCAGCAGCAAGCAAGCAACCAACAUCAGUCUUUCUAUACAAAAUAGCGAAACAAGCAAAAGCCAAAAAUUAGUACAAUUAAUGAAAUAGACCAAGUCAGAGGAAAGAAAGAAAACCCGCCAAAGAACAACACACAGGCUAUAGACCAUCAUACCGAUCAGCAGCAGCAGCAGCAACAGCAACGAAAUCAUCUCAUCAUCGACGAGGAGGAUUGUCGUCAUCAUUUGAUUUCUGUUCUGCUCGCUCUUCUCUUCCCCUCGUAGUCGUCGUCGUCGUUGGAAACAAACAAACAAAAAUAUUUGAAAAAUGGCAACAUUUUUGAAUCGCUUUCAUCGGGAAAAAAGCGAAAAGAUUUUGCCAAAUGUUGCUGCAAAUAGUGAAAAUAAUAACAACAACAAUAACAAGGGGAGCAGCAGUAGCAACAAGAAAACAGCUGAGAUUGAGACAGAGGCAGCAACAUCAUCAGCUGCUGCUGCUGCUGCUGCUGCUGCUCCCCGUCCACAAAGACGCUAUAUGCGUAGCGCAACGGCUGCCAGCGUCACCCAACUACUCUCUGAGAGCUGCAACAGUUUACUGCAGAGAUUUCGACGAAAUCCGAGCGAACGACCUGAUAAUAAACAGCAGAAGCAGCAGCAGCAACAACAGCAACAACAACAACUACGCAAUCGUACGUCGACGGCAGCGGCAGCAACGUCGGAGACCAUCGUCGAGGAUAGUAGCAAAGAAAAUAGUGAAAACGAAAAGCGGAAUAAGGAGGAGAGUCGCAGCAGUUCCAAAACUCCAACGAAUGACUCCAACAACAAUAGAAAAGCCAACAAUAACAAAAACAAAAGCAAAAGCGGCACAAACCCAACAGAUCAAUUGCUACAAAAGCUAAACAAACGUCGCCGCAGUUCGGAGAAGUCGUCUUCCUCCCAUCGAAGACACCCGGAAGCGGAACAACAGAUCAGCAGCAGCAGCACAAUGAGUGAUCGUCAUAGACGAUACUAUGCCGGAGUUGCCGGCGGAGGCUUGGGUAGCACCACCAGUAGCAGCACAGCCGGACUAGGCCUGGGGGGUUAUCAUCAUCAUUAUCCCAGCAGCAGUGGCAUCGGCGGCGCCGCCAUGGGACGCUACCAGAAGAGCUCCACCACGGCAAAUGCUCUGGACAGAUUGCGUACGCAUCUCAGCCCCGUUGGGAAUUACUAUAAGCCACUGAUUCGCGGCUUGGGCGGUGGCCGGCGUGAUCUCGAUGAUGUUAGUAUAUGGUUCAUUUUUUUUUUGUCGGAGCGGCGUGCAGUGUGCAAACCAAUGGGAUGGUCAGAUCCCAAUCUCAGACAAAUGACUCAUGUCUCCUCUCAACGCAUACGAAGGGGAAAAUUGAGAGAAUAUUUCACAAUUUCCAUGCGCCAUUUUCACCUGUCUGUCUGUCUGUCUGUCUAUCAGUGUGUGACACCUGGUGACAAAGUGAAUCAGCAAAAGUCACUGCCCUAAAUCUGUCCAGUUAAAGAGGACUACUUCCAUUUCCCACCUCCUCCCCCCCACCAGAGCUAAUAGGUAGUAGCCUCAGCAGUAUAUAUCGUUGUCGUCGUCGUCGUCGUCGUGGGUGCCCCCACACGGGAAACAUUUUAUAGCACGAUUUCUAGAUUUCUUGUUUCUCACUUUGUUUUCAAUAUAUGUGUGUAUAUAUCUUUGCCUUCUUUUCAUCCUCUUGCCGUGUGUGCGUAUACGACGAUGCCGAAUUUAUUUUCGAUUCCAACAUUUUGGCCGCCCAUUCUUCUCUUCUCGGGUGUUUUUUGCUUUAUAUUCCUCGAUCUCUAUUCCACAUAUAAAUAUAUAGCUAUAUAUAUAUAUAUAGAGAGAAGAAACAACCUAUUCACAAAUUUUUCUAUCGUUUUAUAUAUAAACUUUGAAGGUCGGCAAUGGUUGUUGUUGGUUGUGUGCCGUGGACAUUUUUGUUUAGAUUUCGCUAGGCGCAUAUUCUAAAUAAAAACACACACACACUCACACACCCAAAAUGUUCCCCUAUCUCCUCUCUCUCACUCCAGAAGAACUUGGAAAUCACACGGAAUGAAAAACAGCAACAAUAACUAAAAAGAUAUAAUGCUGCUUUUUGGGAGAAAGUUUAGUUAGUGUUUUGGGUCUUUAUAUAUAUAUUUUUUUUUGUUAUUUAAUGGCAGUGAAAUUGUGCGAAAUGAAAAGCUUCAAGCACCAUAAUUAGCCAUUGCCGAAAAGGCCAUUUAAAUGGGUCUACGGCUGAGUCUGACUCACAGACACACGUUGGAGACUUACUCUCUUCUGGAGCGUAAAGAGUCGUCUUCGUCGUCCAUCGUUACCGUUGGUUUCACACGAGCGCUGCUUUUAAGCACUUUCCUUCUUCAUUAACCCCUCCAAACAACAACAAAAAGUAAAGAAAAAUACAAUGCAAUCCAAUCCAAUCUUCAAUUCGUCUGGUUUCUCUUUGUGUGACGCAGCAGCGUCGCGAUUUGCUGUUGGAUAAAGACAAGACACCGACCACCUCAUCAUCAACUGCCGGGGGUAGCAAACAGCAGUCAGCCAUCUCCCGGCUGGAGAAUAAAUACUCGGAUAUCUUGGAAAGGGCAGCCGGUCGGAGACGUCAUGAAGAGGAUCGGGACAA